UUCCUAUUUAAAAUUAAAAAUGCCUGAAAUUUCUGCUGAUAAAGAAAUUCAAGAAAUCCUAAAAAGCAUUCAACGAAUACGCUAUUUAAUUCAAAAAAUAAUUAGAGGUACGGAAAAUAUAACAGUAAAAAUGGAACCGGCACUUAGUGAAGCUGAAACUGUUUUGAUUGAAGCUAGAGAGGCUGUGGCUAAUGCAAGCAAUGUUUUUGUGGAAUUUUCUAAUUAUAAUUUCCCUAAACAUCAAACAUACGUUGCCUUUGUAUUUGUAAUUGAAUUAAUAGCUAUUGGAAUUAUUUUAUUUCUUAUCUACAAAAUUACCCAAAAUGUGAGGAAAUUAUUUAAUCAAAUAAAUGAGGAAAUUUGUGAAGAAAAAAUAGAAUUAAAUAAAUCGACAAAUUUGAAAGAAUCAGAAAUUCCGUUAUUAUUAAAUAAUGAACAGAAAUAA